GUAUAGCUUUGUCAAGAACUUCAUUUAUAUUUUAAUGUUGAGAGGAAAGAAAAAAUGUCGUUUGUGAACGUAUCAAAAGUGCCAUGCUGCUGCAGCACGAACAAGGAAAAUUUGACAGCCCUUAUGUUAUGCCAUAUAAUACGACGGGAAGUUAGUUGCAGGAUGUUGGUGCAGUAUGUAGACUAUUUAAAUUUGUGCUUCUGCCACUUGGGGAUUUCUAGUAUACCAAUGUUUGGCCUGAUUGUCAUAUGCAUGUUACUCUUCUCCUUCGCCAUGUUGCAUGUCCUGACCAAAUUCUUCUUUAUUCCCAAUUUUGUUACUAUAAUUCAGUAUGCUCCGAUGAGCACUUUCGGAAAUUGUUACCUCUUCUUUGGAUUAUUCUUCAUUAUGCCAUAUUACCUGGGUGACUGGCCCAUCUGCGAUCACAAGCACGGAGCUCUUUGCGCUCUCCAGAUUUCCAAGCUUAUAGGGGACAUUUUGAAGUUCUUUGUGGUGGGGGUGAUGGUAAUCUGUAUCCAAGGACAUCGGGUGGAAGGCGUUACCCUUUGGUCCUCCAUGGCCUUCCUAUUGAUAAUAAUGGGAUAUCUGUCCAAAAUGAUCUCCGUCAGAUACAAAAUGAUGGCCGAUGGCGUUUUCGAUCCUCCCUACGAGCACUUGUUCCUGUUUCGGUCGCUGUUUUUCGUGUACACCUUUAUUUUAAUCCUAGUGUUGGUGUUUGUUGUGUCACAUGAAACGUACAAAAGGAAGGCAACCAGGGGUUCAACUGAGCAUGAGACCUUUUCAGACAUAGAUAGUGAUGAUGAGAUACUGGGCGACUACCAGAAGAUGCUGACUUUUUCGACCAAAGAAUUGUGGUGGAAUUCAGUGAAUGGAUAUACCAAUUUGCACGAUUACUUCACGCCAUUAAAGAUUAUUAUGAUACCGCCCUAUACUCUGUUGGCCCAUGUUAUUCCGGUUCUAACCGACAGAAGAUAUCUCCAUGGCUGGAGCAAAUACGUUGUCUGUUCGAGUUUGAUUUUAUUCCCGUUCGUGUGCAUUCCGGUUUGUUUCAGUGGCCCCAUCUGGAUUCUGAUACUCACGAUUAGCUGGUUCUCCAGUGUCCUGGUCUUCAUUUCCACGCACUCCUUGCGACGUCCAAACUUUGUUUGGAUAUUCGCCGUUAUCGGAAUACUGAUUAGUUCUGUGACGAUGACUCUGCUGAGCCGCGAGGUGGAAAACCUAAUCUGGCAGUAUAUCCGGAUGCGCUACAGAAUGGACCCCGAUCACAUACCCUUGAUGUACUUUGGCAUAUGCGAGGUUUUCUGUUUGGCGAUUAUUGUGAGUGACCUCCAGCAGAGGAGAAUGUCGGAUGCCUCCUUCGGAGUCGUGGUGAGCCUGCUCACCUAUACCACCUGUUUGAUUUUUCCCUUCCUGUACUACCAAGGAUGCUACAAUACCAAAACUGAGAUAGCUAUUACGGCUAAAACUGAGACUUCUGUACAGUUUAUAUUCCUUAUAUUGACGACCAGUGUGCUGCACAUCUCCAUGAGUGGCUAUGAGUUUCGAAUGUCGCUUUUCUUUUAUUUGAGUGGAAUGACCGCUAUGUAUGUUAUAUACCAGUGGAUGAUACACUAUAAUUGGGUUCAACCCCUUGCCACAUUAAUAAGGCACCAAUGA